AUGUCUUUGCAGCCGCAUCAUAUCGGAGUCGGCUGUUUCCUUCGUCCAGAUGUCAAAUGUGGAACUAAAAGGGCAGGAAUUCCAUGUGUGUGGAAUACGCUUGAGAAAUGCCAAGACUUAAACAAAGGUCUAUGCAAGUGUCCAGACGCUUGUCGCCAGGAUAAACAAGGUCAAAUACAUCCUAUUGUUGUCCUCACAAUCAGUGGUGACAGCAUUUUGUACGUGGCGGUUAGUGAUCAUAAAGUUCUAAAUUUUCUAUCCGUUGACAUUUACCAGAUGACUGGUACGCCGAUGGAUCCUGACCUGAGCUGCACCCAGUACUCCCCAAUCGGAAAUUGCUUUCCACUAGAUGAUAGCACACCACAUCCUGAAAAAUACCGUUCUCGAUACUGGCUUCGAGGGCCUAAGUGGGAAGCAGGAACAAUAAAUGUGGCUCGCCAAGAAGGUUGCCAUGGAACUCUUGAAUUGGACGAACAUUCCAGCCUACGCCUACCACAUGUUUAUAGACAGACACUAGACCGGUUCAGAGCUUUUAGGGGUGAUAAUUCUCAAGCUAUGGCUUACAGACUGGAUGAGUCUUCCUAUUAUAGACUUAUGGACAGAUUGAGCUUACAUGCUGGCAAUUAUACUUCUGAUAUUGCACCAAGAGCGCUACCUAGACAAGCUACUCCACCAACAACUACAUGGCCUCCGCUUCCGCCGUCACAAAUUAAUAUAGAUUCAUCGAAUUCACAGUACCUCCCCAACGGCUCAUACCGCUCAACGCGUACGAGAAAUGGUCCAUCACAAGCCCAGCGACGCUCUAACUUGGGUCGGGCGAACAAUCACUCACCUUCAUCAUAA